AUGGUGUACAAUUUGCUGACUACGGCUCCUCACAACCUCAAAGAUGCCAUUGACUGGUUGAUGGCCAUUAAGGGAACUGAUUCUGUAGAUGCUUUGGGCGAAGCAGUUCAUAAGGUGCUGUCAGAACUCCCUGUUGGCUUCAAGUUGUUGCCGUCGAUCGACAAUAUGAAACGCAUCACAAAGAGGUUCCUGGAGCAAGAUGAGAUUAAGGAUCAGUGGCUCGUAGGAGAUCUGCUGCAACGAUACGAUACGCGUAUGACAAAAGACCCCGAACACAUCGCCAGGGCCUUGGAGCGUGGCCACAAAAGCGAUUGUCACAACAUCGUAGAGACCAGAGGUCUCAAACCUGAAGACGUCACAACGUACGUGCGUAAAAUUGUGGAUGGUUGUGAAAACUUCCUGGAACAUGUCAAAAACCCCGACACAUACGUGUCUACCUACAGUGAAAAUGCAACGUGGGAUGCAUCAUGUUCGAAAUACCCGGAAGGUUGCGCAAAGGUACUCAUAGGGACGGCGCCAAUUUUGUACGCCGGCCUACAAUCUUUGUGGAAUGCGAGCACUCCCGGACUCAUGACGUGGACGCCUUUUAGUCAUGAGAAGCAUCUGAGAAAGGUGUUGAAAGCCGUGGGUUACAAGGAGCCAGAGUACCGCGCAAAUAUUGGUCCUUCAGACGUCCGCAACGCUCUGAGCGGUUUGGAUGGCCGUGUAUUGUACACAAUCUACGACAUCGCUGGCUUCUGGGGUUACUAUUGA